AACGGAUAAAACAACAGAUGUAAAACUAUUGUGUGAAUGUCUUUUAGUUUGUAAAGUGGUUAUGCGGUUGACUGUAAUUGCUGAAUGAGAUGGUUGAUUGAUAAACUAAAUGACUUUUAAUGUUUCCUGGAGCGUUUUGUCUCAUUCCGUCUCAUUCCAACGCCCCCGUUAUAACACUGGGUGGGAAGGGUAGAGAACUAUGCAGCUGUUCCUCUUACUCAUUUUUACUUUUUUUUCUGUUUCUUUUUUCUUCUAGAUCCUCACAUCAAGGUCUGUGGAAAGAGAGACAGUGUGAAAGAAGCCAAAGAGAGAAUCAUGUCGGUGCUCGACACCAAGAGUAACCGGGUUACCCUGAAGAUGGACGUGUCCCACACUGAGCACUCUCAUGUCAUCGGAAAGGGUGGCAACAACAUCAAGAAGGUGAUGGAGGAGACGGGUUGCCACAUUCACUUCCCCGACUCCAACCGCAACAACCAGGCCGAGAAGAGCAACCAGGUGUCUAUAGCAGGCCAGCCGGCAGGAGUGGAGGCUGCCAGGGCCAAAAUAAGGGAGCUGCUGCCUCUGGUGCUGAUGUUUGAGUUACCUGCGUUGGUCCAGGCCGACCCCAGCUCCCCCACCCUGCAGCACCUGUGUCAGACCUACAGCUUCACCGUCUCCUUCAAGCCUCCGUCGCGCCUCUACGGGGCCACCGGGGUGGUGCGCGGAUCCCAGAACAACGCCUCUGCUGUGCAGAGAGGCAUGGCCCUGCUCCUGGAGCACCUGGCGGGCUCGCUGGCGAGCGCGGUGGCGGUGAGCACCCAGCUGGACAUCGCACCCCAGCACCACCUCUUCAUGAUGGGCCGCCACAGCAGCAACGUCAAGCACAUCAGCCAGCGCACCGGCGCCCAGAUCCACUUCCCGGACCCCAGCACGCCGCACACGCACCGCAAGUCCACCGUCUACAUCCAGGGCUCCGUCGACGCCGUUUGCCUCGCCAGGCAGCACCUCAUGGGUUGUCUGCCGCUGGUGUUGAUUUUUGAUGUGAAGGAGGACGUGGAGCCGCAGUGUGUCAGUGCCCUCAUGGAACAGUUGGACGUCUUCAUCAGCAUCAAACCCAAACCCAGACAACCAAGCAAGGUAAUACACACGCAC